AAUCGAAAACCUACAGUUCAUCCGUCAUUCGUUUUAGUAUUUCACAAACCUCGGGACCAGCUACAUUUCUAGAAAUAUUUCUUAACCAAAAACAUUUAGAUUUUGUCAUUAAUAUUAGACCGACGUCGCAAAAGUAAAAGCUUAUAAAUUCAUUGUUAAUUUUUAGCAAUACGGAACUAAAAACAUCGAAAGUUAUAGAAGCACCUAAAAUCGUAUUUCAAUCGACUCGAAUCGAAUCGAGUCGCGUAGAGUUCCCCAACUGAUACUGUAUCCACAAAUAUGAAUCCGACGAAUCUGGGAAAGCAGAACGGUGCACUGGUGCUGGAGGUGUUGAAGGUUCUGGGUCGUCCCUCAACCAGUUUUGAGGUUGCCGAGCGUGUGGCCGACGUCUACAAGCUGCCGCUGCCACCCAUCGGCCCGGUGGUGCAAGACGUGCUCGAGGGUGGUGUGCGCCAGGGGUUCUUCAGCUGCAGCGGAGGCCGGUACUCGGUGGUGCAGCCAGUUGUGGAUCAGCUGAGCCGGGACAUCGAUCAGUAUGCGGCUGAGAUUCUGGCCCUGAACAGCCAGUCGAAUAGCAGCGACGAUCAGGAGAAUGCGCCGCUGCCGCAGAUGUCGGAACUGAUGCUCAAGCUCCAGCAGCUGGACGGAUCGCCGCCGAUGGGGAACGAUAACCGCUACCGCCAGGUCUCGGCCGGCGAACAGCGAGAGUACACCCCGUCCGGAGACGUGCCCAUGGACGAUGUCAUUCUCAUGAUGCCAGUCUCGCAUGUACUCUAAUUCUCCAUUUAUGCAAAUUGUACGACCCAUGGAGUGCUCCUUGCGAAGACCCACACUGCCACACACCCAACCUUUACUAUCGUCGAAUAAACAAGGCAAUGGUUCAUGUUACCAUUGCUGUGAAUCGGGAGCACAAGCA